AUGAAGUGGACUGUGGUGUGGCUGUGUUUCUGCAGUUUUGCUGUUGAAAUCCAGACCACAUUGGCUGACAACCAUGUCAACAACAUCUGCAGCACUUGGGGCAAGCAGCACUUUAAGACCUUUGAUGGUGAAGUGUUCCAGUUUCCUGGCUUGUGUGAGUACAACUUGGUCAAAGACUGCCUCCAAGCCGACACGUUUUCUGUACACAUUAGACGAGAAGAAAAUGAUGGAAAUAUUACAAUGCCCUAUGUUGUGAUCACCAUCUCUGGAAAUAUAUUCAACCUAACCAAGACUAAGGUUACUAAAAAUUACAAUCCAGUCACUCUGCCACACUAUAGUGCGGGAGUAAAAGUGGAAGAAAGUACAUUUUACAUCAGGCUUCGAGCUACCAAAGUCGGCAUUAUAGUUAUGUGGAACCGUGAAGAUGCAGUCAUGGUGGAAGUUUCAGACACAUACAAGAACCAAACUUGUGGCCUUUGUGGAGAUUUCAACGGCGUUCCUGUCUAUAAUGAGUUCAUGGAUAAUGGUUUUAAAAUAACUCCCAUUGAGUUUGGAAUCAAACACAGAGUCCAUCUGCCAAACGAUGAAUGCAAAGACCCUCAUGUGGAAGAUGGUAACCGAAAGACGAAUGUGUCAGAUUCAUGCAAAGCAUCUCAAACCAUCUGUGAAAAAAUAUUUGACGGGGAUUCCUGGAGUUCAUGCACCAGCCUGAUUAGUGCUGAAGCUUUCAUCAAGGCAUGUGUGGAAGACAUGUGUGCCUGUAACAACGGUACCAGUGACUCCUGUGUCUGCAGCACAGUGUCUGAGUUUUCUCGUCAGUGUUCGCAUGCAGGAGGACAGCCACCCAACUGGAGGAGACCUGAUUUCUGUGGUAAACAGUGUCCCUACAACAUGAAGUAUGAAGAAAGUGCUUUUCCUUGCACGGAUACUUGCACACAUCAAGACACAAGAUUAAUGUGUGAGGACCAUAAAAUAGACGGCUGCUCUUGUCCUACUGGAACGGUGUUUGAUAAUAUUUCUGAGAGGGGCUGCAUCCCUCUGUCUGAGUGUCAGUGCAAGCAUGACAAAAUCUACAACUCUGGAGAGGUUUACCGUCAUGAAAAAACAAACUGUACUUGUUCAGAGGGGAAGUGGGAGUGUGAGACUUCCGAGAACCCGGCUACAUGUGCAGUUGAGGAAGGUGUACAUUUCACAACUUUUGAUGGUGCAACCUAUAUCUUUCAUGGAAAUUGUCUUUAUACCCUGGCCAAGGUGGAGAGCAAGGAUGGACUAAGUCCAAACUUUACUAUUCGGGCCCAGUUGGGACCAUGUGCAGAAAAAAAAAAUGUUAUUUGUCUAAAAGCUCUUAAAAUCCAUCUGGACGUAGAUAAAGUAUUAAUGUUUACAGCUGAGGGAAAAGUUCAACAGAAUAAGGAGGACAUCAGUUUGCCAUAUUACUCAGGGGACAUCAGAAUAUUUCAUGCUUCAUCCUUUCAUAUCAUGGUCAAAGCAAAGUUUGGCCUUCAAAUUCAGAUCCAGCGUGUUCCUGUUAUGCAAGCCUACAUCAGUCUGGAAAGCAGCUACAAAGAAAAGACACUUGGUUUAUGUGGAAACUACAACAUGGCUUUUAAUGAUGAUAUGAUGACUCCUCAAGGGAGCCUAGAAGGAACUGCAGUAAAUUUUGGUAAUUCUUGGAAGGCCGACCAAACAUGCCUAGACGUAGGCAGAAUGCUUGAAAACCCCUGUUCCGACAGAAUGGAAACUGAGAAUUAUGCCAGACACUGGUGCGAAAUGCUCAGAAAUUCAACUGGUUCAUUUGCAAAAUGCCAUUCAGAGGUGAAUCCUGACAAUUACUACAAGCGCUGCCUUUAUUCCACCUGCAGCUGUGAGAAAAGCGACGACGGCUUAUGUGCCGUCUUCACCUCUUAUGGUCGAGCUUGUGCAGCAAAGGGAAAGUUUGUGACAGAUUUUGGAAACGAAUGUGAGAAAUACACAAAGAGCUGUCCAUCAACUCAGAUCUUCACUUACAAUCAUCGGAGGUGCCAGCUGACUUGUAGUUCACUGAGCUCAGAUCAGCAGAGCUGCACUUCACAUUUCUUGCCAGUGGUUGGCUGUUUCUGCCCUGAUGGUCUCUAUCUGAAUGAAAAAGACACUUGUGUACCCAAAGAAGAAUGUUCUUGUUCCUAUAAAGGUCAAAACAUUGAGGCAGGAAAGUCUCUCACCAUCGAUACUGAGCACUGGAUGUAUCAGGAUGUGUAUCCAAAUGCAUGUGUCCUCCUGGCCAGCUUAAUGAUGGCAAUGGCUCCUAGAGCUGUGAUCACCCUCUCAGAUGGAACAUAUAAAGAGGAAAAUGGCACAGAAAAUGAAUAUCGAAUAACAAAUCUGGGAUUUUAUAUUGUGGUAGCUUCUGAUAUCGGUCUAACUGUAAUUUGGGAUCGCAAAACAUAUUUUGUUAUCCAGCUGGAAUCAAAUUUCACGAGUAAAGUGUGUGGAUUAUGUGGAAAUUUUGAUGGCAAUGGAGAGAACGACUUUACCACCCGGAGUGGGUUGGUAGUGAGCAGCCCAUUAGAGUUUGCAAACAGUUGGAAAGGGAGCAGCUCUUGCUCAGAUGUGGAUAAGAUUAUUGACGCUUGUGAAAAAAGACCUUAUCGAGACCACUGGGCAGAAAAGAAGUGCGAUAUCAUAAGAGGAGACACAUUCAAAGAAUGCCACUCCAAGAAUCUACCACCCAUACCAACUGGAACAACAAAAUCCACAACACCAUCAACUAAGCCUACAACUGUAACAUAUCCAACUACUACCACAACUCCCACCACAAAAUCCACAACACCACCACAAUCUACCACUACAACUAAAACACCAACUACAACCCCAACAACCAACACUACCACCACAUCAACAGGGUCUACAACCUUGCCAGCCGGAACCAUAAAAUCCACAACACAAUCAACUAGGUCUCCAACUGUAACAUAUCCAAUUACUACCACAAUUCCCACCACAAAAUCCACAACACCACAACAAUCUACAACUACAACUAAAACACCAACUACAAUACCAACAACCAAAACUACCACCACAUCAACGGGAUCUACAACCUUACCAACUGGUACAACAAAAUCCACAACACCAUCAACUAAGCCUACAACUGUAACAUAUCCUACUACUACCACAACUCCCAUCACAAAAUCCACUACACCACCACAAUCUACCACUACAACUAAAACACCAUCUACAACCCCAACAACCAAAACUACCACUACAUCAACGGGGUCUACAACCUUACCAAGUGGAACAACAAAAUCCACAAAACCAUCAACUAAGCCUACAACUAUAACAUAUCCAACUACUACCACAACUCCCACCAAAGAAUCCACAACACCACCUCAAUCUACCACUACAACUGAAACACCAACUACAACACCAAUAAUUACGACUCCUACCACAUCUACUGAGUCUACCACCAUACCUACUGGAACCACAAAAUCUACAACACCAUCAACUAAGUCUACAACUGUAAUGUAUACUACUACUACCACAACUCCCACCACAAAAUCCACAACCCCAAAAAAAUCUACCACUACAACUGAAACACCAUUUACCAGUUUAAAAUCCACAACACCCUCAACUAAACCUAUAAGUGAAACACCAGCCACUACUACCACCGUUACAACCAUAACAGCUCCUGAAUCAACAACCAUGGAAACUAUUACAACUGAAACGGCUACAACCCCUCCUUCAGGUUGUCCUCAAUGGAAUAAAAUGCAAAAUGAGACCUUUUAUUUUUGCAACUGCACCAUGGCCAAAUGUAUUGGAAGCAAUACUCUUCAACUAGUACCUUAUGAAUGUCCACCCAUCAAAAACAUAACUUGUUCAAAUGGAAAAACUCCUGUUUUGGUAUAUGAUGAAUAUCAAUGCUGCCAACAUUAUCAAUGUGACUGCGAAUGCAAAGGGUGGGGAGAUCAUCAUUACAGCACAUUUGAUGGACUGUCCUACAAAUACCAUGGAAACUGUUCCUAUUAUUUGAUGAAAGAAAUUGCACCAAGGGAUGACUUGGAAAUUUACAUUGAUAAAAUUCAUUGUGAUCCUUUCGAAGAUCCUUCAUGUCCUCAAUCUUUAAAUGUAAACUAUGGAGCAGAACAUAUCAAACUGGUCUAUUUUAUUCUCAACGAACAGCCAGAUUUAAAGGCAUUUACGAAUGAAGUGAGUCUAAAGCUCCCUUAUUGGAAACAAGGUGUUAAAGUGAUGAGCACUGGCACUAAUUUAGUUUUAGAGAUUCUUCGUCUAAAUGUGGUUGUUAAAUUUGGAAGAACUGGAUUUAGUAUCAACCUUCCAUAUAAGUACUUUGGAGGAAACACACAGGGUCAUUGUGGAACUUGCACCAACAGUCAAGAUGAUGACUGCUGGCUGCCUGGAGGAACAGUAUCACAAGGUUGCACUGAAAUUGCUAAUGGCUGGCUUCUAGAGAAAAAUACAGGCUGUAAUACUGGAGGAGAACCGACCUUGAAACCUACAUGCAUUCCAAGUUCUGUAUGCGAACUCCUUAAGAGCAGUGUCUUUGCUGAAUGUCAUUCCCGGAUCUCUCCAGAUAAUUACUACAAAGGAUGCGUUUCUGACAGCUGCCAUGUUCCCAAGGGAGCGAAUCCAGUAGAGUGCUCUAGUUUAGCGACCUAUGCUGCUGCCUGCUCUGACGUUGGAGUUUGUAUUCACUGGAGGAACCACACUAAUCUAUGUGCCAGUGACUGCCCAUCAGACAAAAUUUAUAAACCUUGUGGACCUGCAGGUCAACCAACUUGCGAGGACAGUCCUAAUGAUCCAGGUAUGGACUUAACUACAGAGGGCUGCUUUUGUCCUGAAGGAAUGAAACUAUUCAGCAGAGAAUCAAAAAUAUGCGUUAAAAAUUGUGGCUGUCUUGAUCCUAAUGGGAUGCCCCGUGAGUUCAACGAGACAUUCGAAUACCAAUGUCAGAACUGUGUCUGUGAUGAGUCCACCAAAACUGUGAUCUGCAAGCCUAAGAAGUGCCCACCCACUGCUUUACCAAGAUGCAUGGGUCCAGAUUAUGUUCUUGUCAAUCAAACUGAUCCAUCAAAUCCCUGCUGUAAUGUCCACGUUUGCCAAUGUCAGGUCCACGCUUGUCCGGACAUCAACAUGAACUGUGAUGUUGGAUUUAAACCAAACAUCAGUGUUCCAGAGGGAAAAUGCUGUCCAAAACUUAGAUGUGAACCUAAAAGAGUAUGUGUGCUAAAUGAUGUUGAAUACCAGCCUGGUUCUUCAGCUCCUGGCCAGAAAUGUGAGAAUUGCUUCUGUUCCUCAAACUCUUCGUCUGGUGGUCUGAUGAAAAUAAAGUGUGAGAAACAGCAGUGUGACAAAACUUGCAGAAAGGGAUUCGAAUAUGUAAAAACCAAUUCAGAUGAGUGCUGUGGGACGUGUGUGCAGACCCGGUGUGUGUUCACUGUUAAUGGCAAUGAGACACUCUUAAAGGAAGGAGAAACCUGGUCACCACCAGAAAAUAAGUGUGAAAGUAAGACUUGUGUUAAGAAUGGUGAGACUUUUACAGUCACCAAUAAACAAAUCAUUUGCCCAGUAUUCCAAGAGAGCAACUGCAAGGAUGACACAAUUCAGACGGCAGCAAAUGGUUGCUGCAAAAUCUGUGUGGAAAAGGAAAAGGCCUGCAGACUGGUUAACCAGACAACUCCUGUAAACCACAAUGGCUGUCAGUCUGAGUUGAUUAUGCCGUCAUGUGAAGGAUCAUGCAACACUUUCACCAAAUACUCUGAAGCAGCAGGUGCUAUGGAGCAUUCCUGCUCCUGCUGUAAGGAGAGACGCACCAGCAACCGCACUGUUACGCUGGACUGUAAAAGUGGUGGGCACGUCCAGUUCACUUAUGUGCAUGUGGAGGAGUGCGGCUGUGGUCACACAGAGUGCACCACACCUGCUGCACUGCACGUUCGCAGAAAGCGACGCUUCACACUGCAGUGACCCAAUCCUCUGUCCUCACAUGUGGGAUGCAAAUGUAUCUCCAAGAAUCAUUUAAUUAAUCAUUAAAUCUCUAAUAAGGUAUAGCAUACUUUGUGGAGUUCAUUUAUCAGUUGAUUAAAUAAAAAGAUGCAAGUGAAA